ACCUUUAAAUAUGCAUCCAAAUAAUCUAUAACUGAGCUAUACACAUUCCCCAUUCGCACAAUACAUUUGUGGGUUUAACCAUUCGCAGUCGGUACUUAUAGAGUUAGGCCUAUUUAUAUAUUUAACUGAUUAAAAAACUGUGGAAGAUUCCAGUGUUCAGAGGAUCGCCAGAGCCUCUGUUGGGUUGUCCCGUGGAUGCAGAAGGGUUCCACGGGGCGGACGGCCUGGGCGACGCCCCGGACCCACACGCACCUGGACUGGAGAUGCUCCAGAAAGAAGGGGCUGUGGAAGCCAUGAUCCGCAUAGUGAACCAGCAUCCUGGAGAGGUGUCUCUGGUUGCUACGGCACCCCUGACCAACCUGGCCUUGGCUGUGAAGCUGGACCCCAGCCUUCCUCAAAAGCUAAAGGGCCUUUACAUCAUGGGAGGCAACACUAACUCGAGGGGAAACACCACAGUGUGUGCAGAGUUCAACUUUGUAGCCGACCCCGAGGCUGCUUACAUAGUGCUGAACAAAUUCAACUGCCCGACACACAUCGCUACAUGGGAGUUUGCCUGUGAGAACAUGCUGCCAUGGACCUUCUGUGACCCCUGGCUGGCCCAGGACUCCGACAAGGCCUGCUUCAUGAGGAGGAUCUUCAGACACACCAUGGACAUGGCCAGGCAGACGGAGCGCUACAGGAGGGAGAUGGUGGCGGGAUGCGGCUUCGCCUCCUGCGACUCCUACGCCAUGGCGGCGGCCAUUGACGACCAGUUUGUGACGGCCAGCGAGAAGGUGGCGGUGACCGUGGAGCUCCAGGGGACCUUCACCAGAGGCAUGAUGGUCCUGGACACACUGGGAGUCCUGAAGAACCAGCACAAGAUCUCAGUCAUGAGGAAGGUGGAUCUGGAGAUGUUCAAGAAGAUGCUUAUGGACUCCCUGAAGUAACAGGGUUUGUUUGAUUUUCAUCUGUUGCAUGCUUGCAUGGGUGGAGGUUCUGCUCCAGCAGGAACUGGAUUUAUCAAGGUAUAUUCAAACUAUUUUAAGCAGUAUGUGGUUUUUAAAACCCAAACUAUGAUAACCAACCAAACUUUGUAACAAUGUAAUCGUGUACUUAAACUUUAGUAUUAUAUAUGGACUUAUUGACUAAAAACCUAAAUACAAAGGAGAUCAUAUUAAGAUAAAACGUGUUUUAUUGAAAGUGCUAAGGAAUGUACACUCCAAAUGUCCCACCAAAAGACUCACCAAACUAUAACACUUCUCUCACAUCUUCAACAAACAGAGUGAGUAUUUCUUUUCUUAAAUCUUCUUUUAAAAACACAGAAAAAAAACAAUAUUCAACAGAAAGGGAACCAAGAUAUCCUCUUUAGAAACAAUGCAUCAUUUGGGCAUCUUAAA